AUGCUCACUCUCGAGUCCUACAGACAAAACCUUGAUGAGUUCAGCACGUUUGAGUUCCAAUACGAGAGAAAAGGCAAGUUUACAGAACCAAAAUACACAAAUUACCUCAGAUCAAGGUCAAUCCUCUCUAAGUGGUCGACACUAAGUGAAGUGACCUCUGAUGGCCAGGCCGGAUCAACAGUUGCUGUCAGCAAAAGCGGAACUCCAUGCGGAGAGAAAUCAGGAGCUUUCAGAGGAACUACGUCGUACAUGGACUUCCCGUUCACGUACUACAAUGAAUCCUUCUGCGAAAUUCUCAAUCUCGGAACAAGAGAUCCGAAAUUAAAUUUCUCUAGUCAAACAGCAAGUCCUAGUAAGAAACUGACAUCAUUGCAGAUUGCUUUGAUAUCUGUUGCUGCUGUAAUUGUUGGAAUUGUGCUGAUUGCUGUUUUAUGCACAAUCGGAAAAAGAUAUAAGACUCGUGAGAUAAAAGAUAAGAAGGAUAACGACUCAUUGGAAGAUGUAGAUGAUUUCUCUGAUAAUGGAGUAACUAAUUCCAAUAUUAGUACAAAUCACGCUUAUAAUUACAUGACAAACAAGUCUUCCAACACUUCUGGGUCAACAACAAUAUCAUCUAAUGAUACUAACACGUCUUCUACCCAAAAGAAAGAGUCUUCUUCAACUGGAUCCUCUUAUUUCAAGAGUAACUUGACUUUACCUGAAAGAAAGGAGCCAAGUCCAAAUACUUUUGUAUUAUAA